ACAUCAGAGCCCGUUGGUCACAUGCGCCACAGAUGCUCUCAGUUGUUUAGUUUCAUUUCCGCAUUUGGGGAAUGACAAAGUAUUGGCCGUUCGCGGUACUGUUCUGAGAUAUAUUGAGAGCCAGUUGAAAUUUAAAUCAACCCGGGUUGAAAAUAGAUCUUAGUAAUAUCGUGUUUUUAUCUUGAGCAUUCUUUCGACGAUUUUAGCAUGACUAAUCAUAACUCCUAAUACUGUGGGCUGAUCCCGUACGAAGGAAAACUGGAAGUGUGUGACGUUAACCUCUCAUUGUAGCAACCUUUCCCUCUACAAUCUUCUUGAUAGUAGGCCUAUCUUCUUCACUACGGUGCAACAAAAUAAUUCAGAAACAUGUCCCUGGUCGUGGCGAUCACAUUUCAGUUGAUGUUAUUGAUGGUUGGUGGGCGAGCGGACAGUAAUACGAAGAACUGCAAGCUGGGCACGGGCGCGGAUGAGCGUGCCGCUCUUAACCUUCUUGAGCCUCUCACAAAUAAAACGUAUACUGGUAUACACAACAUUCGCAAUGAAAGCUACACCUACCAGUUCCAGGUGUGUGGAGAUGUAGGUGGGGUGAAAGGUGGUGGAGUUGUUCAGAUUGAUGCCAAAGGGAAAAAAGUUUUGAUUGGUUCCUACAAUGCCACACAGGCCAUUUCAGGAAGUGACUGGGUGCUGCUCAUCUAUGGACUUGGGGAGAAGUACGACCAGCACUGCUCAAAUGAGCAAAGGAGAGCCUUGAUUAUGAUCUCCUGCGACCCAAAUGUUGUUGCGAGCUCCCUGAAGGUGGUGGUAGAGAACAGGGAUCGAUCGGAAGACUGCUUCUACCUGUUUGAGAUGGACUCCAGUGCUGUGUGUCCCGUGGGGCCAUCCAAGCUCAGUGCGGGCUCUGUGCUGCUCAUUAUAGCGGUCUGCUGUUUGGCGGUGUAUCUGAUUGGAGGAUUCCUCUACAUGCGAUUGGUUGUUGGGGCCAAAGGGGUGGAGCAGUUCCCACACUAUGCCUUCUGGUCUGAAAUUGGCAACCUUUCAGCGGAUGGCUGUGAUUUUGUUUGCCGUUCCCGUGGCAACCGUCAGGACCCACCCACACACACGGGUGUGGCAACAGAGCCUCUGGGGGAGGAGCCGGAUGAGAGGGAUGAUCACCUGCUCCCCAUGUGACCGCGUGCUAUGGAAUGCAUGUGGAACGGCAAUGCUUUGCUGUGACGGCUGUUUUGAUUUUGAUACCGAAAAAACACAACAGGACUGGCUAGACCGGGUCUCCGAGGGCUAGUAUCGCUGAGUGGCUCUCCUUCCUGCUCUGCUGUACGUGUGUUUCCUCAUAAGUUGGCCAUGGCACUAGUUUGUAUCAUUUUUCCAAAUACGUGUGUGCAUUGUUGCAGCCCUAAACCUGAUCUCCACCCUGUCACAUGACCUCUGCCUUGAAGGGAUUUGUUACAGGAAGUGAAAGUCCUCGUCCUAGCCAGGUUUUACUCAUCAAAGUAAGAGUUGGAGGUUCUGUCAAGCGAACACUCUGAUUAGAUUUGUUCUAAUCAUAAUAUCCUCAUUGAUCAUUAUAUCAGUUUUAAUAAGACAAACAUUCUAUGCAUCCACAUUACGCAGAUACACACAUUUGCUGAUAGCUGACACUUUGAGAGCAAAGUAACGAGAAAAUGCACUGAUGAAGAGAAGCACUUACGUGAGCACUUGAUGCCGUUUCAGGGAGUGUGAUAUAGCAGACAGGGCUCUGACCAAAAACAUUUUUUUUGUUCUUUAUUUUACAACCUAUUACAUUUGUUUUGGUUUGAACAGCUUUGAAUAUUGUGUAACUUAAAUAAAUCCAUUCUUGUUUUUGUCUGCAAGUUGAUAAUUAUAAUUGAAAACAAAGCUGCAGUGUUUCAGUUCAAUGUUCACAACAUAGUUGCAGGCUAGCAGAUUCUAGACAUGUUUUUUAAAUACUCAAAUUUGUCCUAUACAUUUUCUACAGGAUUUAGUUUGCACCAAUUAUAUCCUCAAAACCCCACAAUAAUGGAAAUUAAUACAUGUAUCCCUUCAUGUGAUUUUGUUAACUUCAACCGUUUUCAUACUUUCUGGUAAAAAUAUAGUUCUUGGCAUAAUAAAAAGGACAUUUUAGGAUGUUCUCAAACAUAAGAGAUAUGGGCUAAAAACAAUGUUUCUGGUGUGCCCAUAUGUCUUAAUGCCCCGGGAUGGCCCUUCUGCAGUGAAGCACAAUCACUACUGGAUCAUAUGUCAUGUGGAUGAACACGGGCUUCCAGGUUUGAGACUCUGUUCUGUGCUCUAGGUCUGAAUCCAAUCCUGAAUUUGAACUGACAGCUUGCAGUUUUUGUGUGCUCAUGAUUCCUGCAGAGAAAAUGUGUGUGCUGUUUUUUUUUUUUGCUUUUGCAUUAAAAUGAGGUCAUGUGAAUAAAGUGUGUUUGGAUACAAUGUCAAGCAA